AUGCAGCAAUCUGACGAAUUAAUGGGAUCAGUGGAAAACUCUAAAUCCUAUGCACCUCAAUCACAGACAUCGCUUGUAACUCGCAGCUCCAGUCAUCGACGGGAAGGAGAAGGUGGUGGCUGUUGGCAGCGUACCAAAGACUACCUCACAACACUUUAUCGUAAUACACGAGAACGUGAAGUUACUCCACGUCUACUCGCCAGUUUAUGUUGUAUUCUAUUGUUGCUACUACUAUUCUUUAUCCUGCUAGGAAUCAUUCUUAACGCCUUAUUCAAUACAUAUUCGGUAACCGAAUUUUUGUUAUACCCCCCAGUAUGUGAAGAAUGUCGACGAAAAAAUGGCAAUACCAUCACAGCGGCAUUACCAUCGUCUGUCUUCGUCCACUUUUAUUCUCCUCAACAAGCACAUUUUGAAUUGCGCGGAAAUUUGCCAUUUAAGAGCAAUUCAUUCACUGCCAUCGACUUCCAAACGGGUUACAUAGCUAUCGCCGAUCAUGCUUUGACGGACUCGAAUGGCCGACACACUGUUUGCUUUAUAAUGCCACUAGAUCGCUCAGCAAUUCCAAGUAUGGAUGCUCUGAAAGAAGCUGUUAGUGACAGCGAUUAUGAGAUACAAGCCCACUUUGGAUGGCAAGAAUUCUGGCAGUUUGAUGCUGAACCCAUUGAACCUGUCGCCGCAAACUCUAAAUUCACAGAUAGAAUUGAAGACUGCACUAACGCUAAAUGGUAUUUUCUUAAACAAGCAGUUCAUAGCAGAGAUGUUUCCUGCUCUGAUUGCUAUGACUUCUGCUUACCUGAUUGGGCAGUUGUUCGCAAAGAGAAAUAUGAAGACCAGAGCACUAUUGGAGUGCGACGGUUAGAUUGCUUCCGAUUAUAUGUUCCAGAGUGGAGGAACUUUAGGUGGGUAAUAGCAAUUGUGUUUACUGCUCUGCAAAGAAACAGCAAAGGAAUUGCGGUAAAAUCACUCCAAAGAACAAAAAAUAUAAAAUUUUUAAAUGUCAUUUAA